AUGGCAAAACGCACAUCAUCGGACAACAACAUAGACUCGCAAUCGAAAAAGAUCUGCUAUGAAAUCUUAUUAAGUUCUGAUGACGAUGACGAUGGAUUGGACGGCGGGUACUACACAAAUCUCAUCGAUAACUUUGAUCGGCAACACGCGUCUUCUUCAUUUUAUUCAUCUCAAACGGGUGAUGGCGAAGUAAGCCAACAAAACGGAAAAAAUCAGGACGCCGAGGUCUCUAUUCUGGAAGAAACGGGUGAAGGAGCGUGGCCGCCAAGACUUUCCAAAAAUGUAGUUUCCAAAGAAACUGUCGAGAAAACGUUGAAAGAAGCGGCCGAUCUGCGCAAAGAAAAUCCAGAAAAUGAUACCUUGAACACGCUCAGCGUCGACGAUUGGAAAAGCUUCAACGUUGCCGACAAUUUGCACAAAAUGGCCGAAUUCGACAAAAAGCGUCUGAACCGAAUCAAAGAACUUGAGGAGAAGGGGCUUCGUCAAAUGACUCAAAUUGAGAAACGUGAUGACCUCGACGCACUCGACUUUUGCAACACAAACAAAGCGGAUGAACUCAAAAAACUCAUCGAUAAUUUGACAAAAAGUGACGAAAAGAAUGUUAAGAAAGAUGAGAAGGUCAAAGAGGUCGAUGAUUUGGUUCUGUAUGAUUUUCUGCUCAUCAACAACGUUUCAAAUGUUGGAUUCGACUCGGUGUCCAUCCUUGAGUCUGAUGCUGUUCCGCUUUCCUGGAUACUUGAAUAUGCUGCCGAACACCUGAACGUGUCAAAGAAGAGCUUACAAUUACGUACUAAAGCAAACUUGGAUGGAUCGAGCGAGUUGCGAAUUUUGUCUCCAAGUUUAACACCUGUGCAAGCCAAACUUCUAGCGUCACCUGCAGUCAAUGAGAUCCUGAUUGAAAUGGGCAAUGUAGAGAGAGAGGCGAAUGAAGCCGAGUCUGAAGAGAAGCUACGU